CCAGGGCCGAGUUAAUUUUAGCUGCCUACCGGUCAGCGAGCAUGGAGCCCGCAGGGGAAGCCGAGGAGCUGGGAGCCGAGGCCGAGCCGGCUGCAGACGCAGUGCUGGAGGUCGGAGGGAGACUCUUCGAGGUCAGCCGCAGGGCGCUGGCAGCUCACAGCCCUUACUUCCGAGCGCUGUUCUUCGGGGGGGCGAGGGAGAGCUCGCAGCGCCACAUCGUGCUGCGGGGCAUGGCCCCGGGGCCGUUCGGGGCCCUGCUGGACUUCACCCGCACGGCUCAGCUGCCCCUGGGCCCGGAGAACGUCACCAGCCUGCUGGAGGCCGCAGACUUCCUGCAGCUGGAGAGGGCCAAGCUGCUGUGCGAGCAGUUCCUGCAGCGGCAGCUGCACGUCUGCAACUGCCUGGGGCUGCUGCGCUACUGCGGCCGCUGGGCGCUGCCCGCGCUGGGCACCGCCGCCCGCGGCGUGGCCCUGACGCACUGGCGGGAGCUGAUGCGGCAGGAGGAGUUCCUGGCACUGCCCAAGGACGCUCUGCUGCAGCUGCUGUGCAGCGACGACCUCUUCGUCCCCCGCGAGGAUGUGGUGUUCGACAGCGUCGUCAGCUGGGUGCUGGAGGACCCUGCCGCCAGGGAGGAGGACUUCCUGGAGCUGGUGGCCGCCGUCAGGGUCAGCUCCCUCAGCCUGUCCCUCCUGGACGCCCUGGUGAAGCGCAGCCAGCACCCCGGGGCCGCGGACCCCCUGGGCAGGCUGCUCAGGAAGCUGGACAGAUGCCCUCCGGCCAGCUGGCAGCGCACGGAGCUGGCCCCCGCCGCGCCUCGCAGCUACGACACCCUCUACGUGCUGGGAGGGCAGCACGACCGGGAGCAGCAGGAGCUGUUCCUCUUCCAGCCCAAGACAGGCACCUGGCAGGCCUGCGCCCCCCUGCAGCGCAGGAACCUCACCCAGUGCGCAGUGGCAGCAGUAGGGAGUUUCCUCUUCGUGACCGGAGGCUCUUUCCGGGAGCACUUUGAGUGGUUCAGUGUGGAUUGGGUCCUCAUCUACAGCUGCCUGGAGGACAGCUGGCAGCAGGGACCUGCCAUGAAGCUGUCUCGCCACAGCCACUGUGCCGUGGGGGCAGGGCUGUACCUCUACGUGCUGGGGGGCAGCACGGACGAGGGCCCCGUGCCCGCCGUGGAGCGCCUGGCGCUGCAGCAGCCCGAGUGGGAGAGCAGGAGCCCCAUGGCCCAGCCCGUGGAGCGGGGAGCUGCAGCCAGCCUGGGCACCAGCAUCUACGUGGUCUGUGGCCUGGACGAGCGGGGCCAUGUCUACCGCGGCGUGCAGAGGCUGAACACGGAGACCGACAGCUGGGAGGUCAUCUCGGCCUCCCCCCUGCCCAGGUAUGACCUGUGUGGCACUGCCCUGCACGGUGCCCUCUACACCUUCGGGGGGGGAGCUCUGCGGCUGGACGUGGAGACAGCUGAGUGGACGCCGGUGCCGGAGGAGUGCCUGGCCCAGAAGUUCUUCAUGGGCUGCAGCACUGCCAACGGCCGCAUCUACCUGCUGGGGCAGAGGAAGGGCAACGGUGCCCUGCCUGUCGUGGUCGUCUUUGACCCCUACACCGACGAGUGCCAGGUGACAGAGGACAAACUGCCCUGCCCCCUGCCCAUCCGCGGCUGCGUCUCCGUGCGCAGGUUUGAUGCCUGAGCAGUGCCGGCCCCGACGCAGCCGCAGGCUGCUGCAGCUGCUGGGGCUUAGGCUGCCUGAAGUCCUGUCUGGGAAGUGAUUCCCUUUGCAAACUGCUUCCUCCCUGCGGCUCUUCCCCUCCCUCCGCUCGCCCACUGGCGCUGAAGCAGAAGCCGGAGAGCUCUGUGCACACAGCGCCUGGGGGGUCGUGGGGAGCAGGGGUUGGUGCUGCUGUGCUGCAGCACUCCCCAGGGGGAUGCCAAAUAAAGGCCUGCU